CAAAAACCCCAUAGCAAACAGCGCGACAAUCGCACGGAACCAUCUCACUCGGCAAUCGGUAUGGGUCUCGUCGCCUCCGCCACCGCCUCCUGCAGCGGCCUCCUCGGCCGACGCCGCUCGCCGCCUCCGCCUCCGCCGACCCCGACCCAGCCAUCCAAGGACCCCGAGCCAGAUCUCGUCCGCGUGUUCCGCCGCUUCGACGCGGACGGCGACGGCCGCAUCUCGGCCUCAGAGAUGCGCGAGUCCUGCGGCUGCACGGCCGCGGAGGCGGAGGAGAUGAUCGCCGCCGCGGACCGCGACGGGGACGGGUUCAUCAGCCUCGAUGAGCUCCGGGCGCUGCUGGAGGACCGGGACCAGUCCGACGCGCUGCUCGCCGCGUUCGCCGAGUACGACGAGGACGGGGACGGCGUGAUCACGGCCGAGGAGCUGCGCCGCGCGCUACGGAGGCUGGGGCUCGGCGGGGAGGAGAUGACGGUCGAGCGGUGCGCGGAGAUCAUCGCGGCGGUGGACGGCGACGGCGACGGGGUCAUCUCCUUCGACGAGUUCAAGGCCAUGAUGGAGACCAACCUGCCGGCGUAAGCCAUCCGCGUCCCCCACGUCUUCUUCUCGGAAUCGGAUCGCUCGUCGAUGUGCGUAUGCGCCUACUGCCGUAAUUAGCAGUAAAUGUGAAGGACUCAAGGGAGAUUAAGUUUAGGGUUUCGCGUUCUAAUGGCUGGUUUUAGUCUAGUUCGGAAUUAGUUUCUGAGGUUUACGUAAUUGGGCCUUUUGAUGUGACAGCAGUUAGCUGAGAAUUUGGAACGAUGCAUGACUCUGGUUUUAGGAUAGAACUCUACGCAAAAUUUCAAUGUAAUUCUUCUAUGCAAAAACAUC